AAUAAUUAAAGAAAUUAUUAUUUAUUUUUAAUAUAAAUAAUGUUUGUAGUUUUUUUAUAAAUUAUUUUUUUAUGUUUCAUUAUUUUCAUACCUAAAAUAUUGGUACUAAUAGGGAUUCCACUCCAUUUAUAUCUUCUUAAUUAUAUCGCUCUGUUUUUAUAAAAAAUGCCCAAAGGUCAAGAAUCCAGCAAUCCUGGUGCUCCUUUGAACCCUAAACCCUUUCUCACUAGUCUUGCUGGUAAAACUGUCGUCGUUAAGCUCAAAUGGGGGAUGGAAUACAAGGGAACCUUGAAAUCCUUCGAUAGCUACAUGAAUCUUCAACUUUCAGAUCCCGAGGAGUGGGAGAAUGGAGUUCUGAAGGGCAAACUUGGAAACGACAUUCUAAUUAGGUGCAAUAAUAUGCUUUACGUACGAGAAUCUUCUGAAACUGCUACCGCUUAAUAUUCUACUGUAAUA